CCCCCACCCCCUCCCGUCGGCGACUCCCCAAUCCGCCGCCACCGUCGGUCGUCGCCGAUCCCGACCCCGCCCCCCCGGUUCGUACGCCGGCUACUUCCUCGCUCCCUCGCUCCCUCGCCCCGUCGACCGUCGCCGCCGCGACGCCAUUCCGUGAGUAAACCAUGAAGCCUUCUGGUAAGCGUACCAGCCAACACAGGGAUCAUGACAGAGAAGACAGGGAUCAAAAGCGGAGGCCGUCUCACACUCAGGAAACCUCCGGUACGGACGAAUUGGUUGUUUACCGGAUACUUUGUCCAGACAAAGUGAUUGGUAGUGUAAUUGGCAAGGGUGGCAAGGUGAUAAAUUCCAUCCGGCAACAGACGAAUGCCAAAGUCAAGAUUGUCGACCCAUACCCUGGUGCUGACAAAAGGGUUAUUUUGGUAUAUUGUUAUGUCAAGCAUAGAGACGUCAUGAUUAGCGACAUAGAUGCUGCUGCUGAUGAUGAUAGGGAGCCUGUUUGCGCAGCACAAAGUGCAUUACUCAAGGUGCAUGAUGCAAUUGUUGAUGCUCUGGCAAUCACUAGUGACUCUGAUGAUAAAGAAGCCAACAUUCUUGUACCAGCUAGUCAAGCUGCAAGUGUUAUUGGAAAAUCUGGUUCUGUCAUCAAGAGGCUUCGCUCAGUUUCAAAAUCAUUCAUUAAAGUUAAACCAAAAGAUCCAAGUGAUGUUACACAUUCAUGUGCUAUGAGUUUUGAUAAUUUCGUUCAGAUAACUGGGGACGCUAGAGCUGUCAAGAAGGCAUUGUUUGCAGUAUCAACAAUUAUCUACAAAUGUCCAUCAAAAGAGAACAUUUCUCUUGAAACAUCUAUUGACGAACUUCCUCCAACCAUUAUACUUCCUUCAGAGCUUCCAGUUUAUCCGGCUAGCAGCUUAUACUCAGUGUCAGAUGCUUCUGUGUCAUCUGGGCAUCCAAGUCUGUCUAUCUUAGGGGCAAGAAGUCGUGGUUCUCAUGUUCCUGAAUUUACUGUACCCACUGAUGCCCAUGGUGGAUUGCCCAUUUAUCAGUCUAUGGUCCCAGCUAUUCCUACUUAUAACACCCCCAAAUGUUCAGGAGAGCUAUUGGUGCGUGUUGUAUGCCCUGGUGACAAGAUUGGGUUAGUUAUUGGUAAAGGUGGGAUGACCAUAAAGAAUAUAAGGAAAGAAAGUGGUGCAAGCGUAGAUGUUGAUGACGCAAAGAAUGAUAAGGAGGAAAGCAUAAUCACCAUUUCGUCAACUGAGGCCACCAAUGAUGUUAAGUCUGCAGCUGUGGAAGCUGUUCUUCUGCUUCAAGCAAAGAUCAACGAUGAAACUGAAGAUAGAAUGCAUCUCCGCCUUCUUGUUCCGGGUAAUGUCAUUGGCUGCCUUAUCGGCAAGGGUGGUUCAAUCAUUAAUGAUAUGCGGAAUAAGUCUAAGGCAAUUAUCCACAUAUCCAAGGGUACUAAGCCCCGGAAGGCAUCUUCCAAUGAUGAGCUUGUCGAGGUGUUCGGGGAAGUGGACAAACUGCGUGAUGCUCUUGUUCAGAUCGUUCUAAGGCUCCGGGAAGAAGUUCUGAAGGACAGUGUGGGGAGGCAAAAUUCUGGCAAGGAUGGGAAGCUAACUGUUGCCACCACUGAACCCGUGUAUUCAAGCAGCUUUCCGAUGCCAGCAUUAUUACCUUACAGUCAACAAAUCACCCCAUUGCGCCAUGAACAAAGGGGUGAAGCUGAGCGUGGUUUGAAUGUAUUUCCUCGUAGCAGCUUGUAUCAUGGAUACAGCCCCAGGCAGGCUGUAGAUGAUGGAUUUGGAGUACGCUCCUCAUACACUUCAAAGCCUUAUGGAAGACGCGUCCCGGAUAUGGAAAUGUUUAUUCCUUCUAGCGGCCUUUCAAAAGUAAUGGGGAAGCAUGGUACAAACUUGGACAAUAUUAGAAAGAUUUCUGGAGCUGACAUUGAAAUUAUUGAAUCAAAAUCAUCUCGUCAUGAGCAUGUUGCUAACAUAUUUGGCACCCCGGAGCAGAGGCAGUCGGCAGAGAAUUUGAUCAAAGCUUUCAUAAUGUCUACUUAAGGAGGUUCCUGCUGUAGUUUGAAAGGAUAUAUGUGGACCCUUCAGUCAGCUCUAUCGGACUUCUCUUGUCAUCCCGUAGAUCAAAAACUGUGUUCUCCAUCCCUUCAACUCUCCAAUAAACCUCAUGCUUGUCUAUCUUCCUCAGACUCCCAACCAUGGCUAUACUUGUGUGGACUUGUCCGUGUUUAAUCGCAUGUUCAGAUAUUCCCGUCUAAUCUCGAUGACUGCUUCAAUCUCUGCCUAUUCAUAACCAAUUCUUUAUGCUGUCAGCACUGAUUGCUGAUAUGUUCGCCAGUAUGGGAGGGGCACUCUUUGGCCACUUCAGUCAGAACAUGCAGCACACAUUUUUUCAGUGCUGUGCUUGGUGGCAAUACCGUAUUUAGAUAUCCAAGGAGUAUUCUAACACUUCGUUUUUAAGAAAUCUAUUACAUUAUUACCAAUUAGAAUUCUCCUCAUCCUUUUCAUGAUAGACUUAAACAUCAUCGUUCUUAUACUCUUUUGCCCGUACCUUGAUUGAUAAUCUUCAGUCGAACACGUGGCACACGUUUUUUCAUUGUUCUGCAUGGUGGCUACAUCAUCCUUAGAUACCCAAGGACUUCUCUAAUACUUAAUUUUAAGAAAUCUGUUUCAUGGUGACCAAGUAGAAAUUCUUCAUGUUCUUUUGAAAUAGGUGUAGUUAAAAAGUAAUUUUAAGAAAUCUGUUUCAUGGUGACCAAGUAGAAAUUCUUCAUGUUCUUUUGAAAUAGGUGUAGUUAAAAAGUUCAAAAUCUUGAAAGCCCCGCCCAUGAACUUUGGUUGGGUCAUACUCUUCCAUGCUACCCAUGCAGGUUUUCCUUUUUCCUUCUUUACUCCCCCACCAAAACUGUCGAAUAAGUUUAUUAAGAUGCUCACAAAGACCCCUUGGCAACUUAAAGCAAGACAGAGAGAAAACAGGUACCGCCUGAGCAACAGAUUUUACCAACACCUCCUUACAAGCUGUAGAUAACGUUUUCUCAAUCCAUCCCUUCACCUUACUACACAACCUGUCCUUCAAAUUAAAGGCUACAAAUUUUGAAGUACCUAAGUAAUGGCCCUAAAAUUGUGUAUAGUCUGAAAACAGGUUCUGAACUUGACUCUUCCCAAUCAAUCGUCUCAACUAAUCCGGUAAAUUCCUUAGGUGGAUAGGUUUUUAGAUAUGUUUACGUUUUUUGACAUCACAACAUAAGUAAUAUUAUUGCCCUUCUGAAAUAGGUGUUGGUUGAGUAAUGGCCCUAAAUUAUGUAAUCUAGAAAUAGGUUCUUUUCAUGACUCCUCUUCCCAUUCAUUAUCCCAGCUUUUGUGUUCAUUCCUUAGCCAUGUAUGUUUCUAGAUUUGUUACGUCUCUUAGACACCAAACUGUGAAUAGUAGAUAGUUAGUCAUGUCCAUUCUUUGUAAAUAGCAUCUUGUUAUGAGUUGCAACUGCUUGGAUGCUGCAAGUUAUAUUGCGGCUUCUGCUCACGCAUUGCUAUUAGGUGAAUUCGUCAACAAAGAACUUGAGAAUGCUGAGAUUUUAUGGCAGUCAGCUGAUGAUUUCCACCUCUCUUCUCUGUUCCUGUGUGCUCUGUAUGUCAGCGCCGAUAGCUGAUUCUCUCUGUUGCCAGUACGGGGAGGGGCCAUUAUACAUGUUCUUAUCAGUGUUUUUGCAUGAUGACGAUACCAUCCUUAUAGAUAUCUAAGGAGUGGAUACUCCAAUAUAGAGCAAAUCUUUUGAAAUCUGUUUCAUUGUUACCAACUAAAAUUCUUCUCGUCCUUUCGUGAUAAACUUCAAAUUGCCCUUCUUACUCUUUUGCCACUAACAGUAGACCUCAAUCUGAACACGAAGCACACAUUCAAUCUAGUGUUUGCAUAGUGGCAAUACCAUCCUUAGAUAUCUGAGGAGUAUUCCAGUGAUUCAGUUUUAAGAAAUCUUGUUUCUUAUGAGCUGCAACUGCUUGGUGGUACUGCAACAUAACUUGUGGCAGUUGGCUGAUGAUUUUCCCCUUGUUUCUCUAUUCUUGUUUGUUCUGUGUGUCAGCGUUGAUAGCUGAUUCUCUCUGUUGCUUAUACGAGAGGGACCCUUGUAUUCUUUCACCAACUUGCCAUGAUAGUCUUUAAUCACAAUAUGCAAUUCACGUUUUCCCCCAGUGUUUUGCAUGGUGGGAGUAUCAUCCUCAGAUAACUAACUAGUAAAACUUCAAUUUUGAGCAAUCUUUCAAAAUAUGUUUCAUCGUGACCAACAAAAAUUCUUCUCGUCCUUUUAUGAUAAACUUCAACAUGAUUCUUAUUAUACUCUUUUGCCACUCGCCAUGAUUGACAGUACUCAAUCAGAACAGCAGUACAUGUUUUCCCGGUGUUUGCAUCGUGGCAAUACUGUUCUUUGAUAUCCAAGGAGUAUUCUAGUUCUAUAAUUUUAAGAAAUCUGUUUCAGCAUUACUGAGUACAAAAUACUUCUCGUCCUUUUCAAAUAGUUGUAGGUGAGUAAUGGUCCUGAAAUUACCUAUAAUCGUCUGUACCUGACUCCUCUUACCAUUCAUCAUCUUGACUUCUGCUGUCAUUCAUUAACCAUGCACAUUCCUAGAUAUGACUGAUUCUUUGACAUAACAUUGAACAGUAGAUAUUCAUGACAGCUCUUUGUAAAUAAUUAAUUUCUGUUUAUGAGUUUGCAACUGCUCGCAAGAUAACUUGCUGCUACUGUUAAUGCAAUGCUUGUUGCUGAGUUGUGCCUCUUGUAAAUAGAGAACAUGGGUUGCUGAAAAUUUGCGGCAAUCAGCUUGUGAUAGCCCCUUUGUUUGUC